AUUACGUAAAGACAAACCACGGAGAGGGGGAAGCGUGGUGACUGGCCGUUGCAUUGUUCCUGUCCCUCUCACUCCAUCUUUCCUAUCCAGUCGCAACAAGUCGCAACCAGUCCACCUCCACCAUGCAAUGCUCUUCCUUCUCUCUCCUGAAACCCAAAACCCACAUUAGCUCUUCGAUUUGAUCAUGGACGACUCAGCUAGAAAGAGGCUCGCAAUCUUGUGCUCCCAUCUUAGCCCCUCCCCCUUUUCUCCCGAUCCCACUCUGACCGCCGUUUCGGGCUUGGUCUGUACUUUUUCUUCUUCUGAUGCCGAGACGCAAGUGGCUCAUACCGAGAAGCAGAAUUUGCAAAAUGAUUGUAUUUUCUGCAAGAUUGUCCAUGGGAAAUCACCUGCUUGGAAGCUAUAUGAAGAUGACAUGUGCCUUUGCAUAUUGGAUAUAUAUCCACUGAGUCAUGGGCACUCUCUUAUUAUUCCAAAAUCUCAUUUUCCUUCACUGGAUGCUACUCCUCCAUCAGUGAUAGCUGCAAUGUGUUCGAAAGUACCGUUUAUUAGCAAUGCAAUCAUGAAGGCUACUGGCAGUGAUUCAUUCAAUCUGUUGAUUAACAAUGGAGAAGCUGCUGGGCAAGUAAUAUUUCAUACACAUAUCCACAUAAUUCCUCGGAAAGCAUAUGAUUGUUUAUGGGCUUCUGAGAGUUUGCGAAGGCGUCCCCUUAAACUAGAUGACAAAGUAUCGCAGCUUGCAGCUCGUAUUCAGGAACAGUUGCCAUCAGAAGUUUUGCCAAGACAGCAAGAAUGAAGAUUUUCGUUCAAGUAAAAGUUAGAUGUGUUAUGAAUCUGUCAUAAUUUGGUACUUCAUAUUUUCAUGUACAGAAUGAAUGAUACGUGCACAAAAUAAUUUUCAUAAGCAACCAUCACUUUCAGUGAAUGAGUGGUUGAGUUUUAUAAUCAUUGCUUAUUUGCAUUUCAACUCAACCCAGAACAUCUCAAUUAUUCAUUCAGUGAACACCAGCAUUAUGUAAGAUGUUUC